UUAUUUAUGUGUGUUCUGCAGCGGCUCCGGGUGGAGACGAGGUGGCGCUGUACGUGGGCAUCAUCAUGGCGGUGCUCAUGUGUCUGAUAGUGUCUGCAAUCGUGGCUCUCCUGGUUUAUCGCAGGACUCAUCGCCGCUUUCACUCGGACAUCAUCGACUCGUCGGUGCUGAACGGCGGAUUUCAGCCUGUCAGCAUCAAACAAGCACGAUCAGCGGAUCUCCUGGCCGCAACCCCUGAUCUGUCCUCAGCGGCGGCGCUCUAUCGUGGCCCAGUUUACGCCCUCCAUGACAUUUCUGAUAAGAUCCCGAUGACCAGCUCUCCUCUGCUUGAGCCGCUGCCGCUCCCCAACCUCAAGAUCAAAGUGUACAACACCUCCGGCACCGUGACCCCUCAGGACGAUCUGACCUCUGACCUCUCCGCCACACUCUCCCCGAAGGUCACUCACUCUCUCCUGGAUGGCGACCCCAUGACCCCUCGCACCCAGACGCUGAUGCGGACGCGGGACCCUACAUGUACAGCGCUCGGGUCAUUCAACUCGCUUGGAGGUCAUCUGAUCAUCCCGAACUCAGGUGUGAGUCUGUUGGUUCCAGCUGGUGCGAUUCCUCAGGGUCGAGUGUAUGAGAUGUAUGUGAGCUUACAGAGGACAGAAAGCAUGAGGCCACCGGUGGCUGAAGGAGAGGCUGUUCUCAGUGCAGUGGUGAGCUGUGGUCCCGCAGGCGCCCUGUUGACCCGUCCCGUCAUCCUCACCCUUCACCACUGCGCACACGCUCACGCCGACAACUGGCGAAUCAUCCUCAAGAGCCACACGCAGCACGACCAAUGGGAGGACGUGGUCGUGGUUGGAGAGGAGAACUUCACUACUGCUUGUUACGUUCAGUUGGGCGAGGAGGCGUGUCACAUCCUGACUGAGACUCUGGGUUCCUACUCUCUGAUUGGCCAGAGUAUCUGUCAAUCAGCGGCCAAGCGAAUCAAACUGGCCGUGUUUGGACCAGUGGUCACUCCAGGGCUGGAUUACCAUAUCAGAGUUUACUGUCUCGACGACACAGAGGACACGCUCAAAGAGGUGCUGCAGAUAGAAAAACAGAUGGGUGGCAAACUGCUGGAUGAACCAAAGUCUCUGAACUUCACUUAUAGCAACCACAACUUGAGACUGUCAGUCCACGAUAUCCACUGCCAGUGGAGGAGCAAACUUCUGACCAAAUACCAGGAGGUUCUGUUCUCUCAGGUGUGGAGCGGCUCGGUGCGGCGGCUGCACUGCUCUUUCACUCUGGAACGUCAGGCUCUGAGUGUGUGUGAGUUCUCCUGUAAACUCUGUGUGCGACAGGUUGAGGGAGAAGGCCAGAUCUUCCAGCUCUACAGCACACUGAGUGAGGAUGUCCAAAGCAUCGACACAUCACUGAUGGAUCCCGGCAGCAGCAUCACGGUUCUGUCGGGUCCGAGCGCCUUCAGGAUCCCAGUGAGCAUCAGAAACAAACUGUGCAGCAGUCUGGACGCACCACACACACGCGGAAACGACUGGAGGAAACUGGCUCACAAACUACAGCUCGACAGGUAUCUGAACUAUUUUGCAACUAAGACGAGUCCGACCGGUGUGAUUCUGGACCUGUGGGAGGCUCAACAUUUUCCACACGGAAACCUGAACCAGCUCGCCACUGUCCUGGAGGAGAUGGGCCGACACGACCACAGCAUUAGCACCAUGGCCAAAGAGCAGUGACCAAAACACUGCUUCAUGUACUAUACCGAGCCCAAUCCGCCAUCAAACCCAAGGCAAAGUCAACAGCAUUUUGAGGUUUCAGCAUCGUGAAGCGCCUGGAAACGGUGUCCACAUAAACCAAUCUGUGGUCAAAGGUGAACUACGAACAGGGUCAAGACUUUUCAGGCUCGUACUAGACAACCAAAAUCCCAAAAAAAACUAGUUUGCACGCGCAGUCAAGUCCCCAUGUGUGUUUGCGCAACGAAAAAUGCCGAAAAAAAAACAUCUCGUCUCCUUUAGUGAUCGUUUUUACCGAAUUUUGUGGUGCCAUCUAGUGGUUGCGGAAAAAAAUAAACGAACGCUCAUGUAGUAUAAUAUUUUGAGACAUGAAUACAGUAUUUAGUGUGUCUACGGAGUACCUUAAAGUGGCCUUGAAAAAUCCAGUUAAUGUUCUGAUCCGAUUAUUUGAAUUGUAUUAUUUUUGUAACGCAGCUAUUCGAAGACGUAAAUAUCUGUUGCUUUGUUGAACAAAAAGUGCACAUGAGCACUUGCCAGGGAUUUGAAAAGUAAUGGUUUUGUUAUUUGAUUUUUUUUUUGGAAUGCGAUGUUACGUCACACUGUAAUGAUCUUUUUACUGGCCCGGAAGAGUUGAGCGGACUUUUGCUGCAUCUGAUGAAUUCACACACAUUCUGCAUGGGUUGUGCAUCAGUAUUUCAUAGUAACAUUUGUGGGUUUCACUCGACUAUAUGCACUGUAGUAAAAAGAGUACAUUCAUCCCUUAUGAAAACAAACUCAGGCUCAUUCUGAUUGCGUACCCCUUUAUACAUUUCUGGAGAGUGCCAAAUAUGUCCCAGGAACU